UUUUUUAAGCUUUCUGCGCUGUUUUUAUGCUAGAAGUAGCUGAUUUUUAUUUUACAUUACUAGAUACCGAAUGUCUUCCUGCCGUUUCUGGGAUAUCACAGUUAUUAUUAUUAUUGUUGUAAUUAUUGUUAUUGUAGAUUUCAACUAGCUAUUGUUAUUACCUAACUAGCACAGGUGGUUACAAGCGUCUAGUGUUAGGAUUGAGGCUCUGUGUUAGAUUAACUGGCAGUAUAAUGACAGAGGUUACACACCGAGCAGGACAAUAAUUUAAUAUUCAUUUUAAUGACCCGGUUAUUCAAUACUUUAGGGUAGUCGAUGUUGAAUGCGUGUUUCGUGCGGUUAUAGUGACUAUGUUUCUUGGCUCUUAACAUUGUCCUCUUAUUUUAAACCACCCGGCAUUCCCUUUUAACUGCAGCCAUUUUGACAUGAAAUAGUCUUGUGUGCCAAAAAGUGAUUACAGACGUUUCUGUAUGUUUUUUUUUUUAAAUGUCUAAUGUCUAUUAUUGAGAUCUGGGGCCAAGGACCAGUCACCUCUGUCUGGGAGAUACCUGAGGAGCUGAGACCCUCCUCCAGUCUCCUCAAGUCCUCAGUGAUACACUCAUCACAUGCCGCUGUCUCCACAAAUGAGCUAUGAUUGAGAUGACAAAAGCAGAUGUUAGUGGACUAGACAUGAACCUGAAGUCUGUGCGGACCAGUAGAUGCACGUCGGAGAGGAAUGUGCUAGAUAUACGGCUGAAAAAUGAUACAGACAUCAGGGAAAUUUAUAAAUUUGAAAAUAAAUUGGGUCAAGGUGCCUUUGGAGUUGUUUAUGAAGCCACCCACAUAGAGACACAGACAAAAUGGGCCAUUAAGACGUUUUGCAGACCAGCGGCAGGAAGUUCGAAAGUAGAGAUGGUGGAUAACGAAAUAAACCUUCUCAAACAAAUGAAUCAUGCGCACAUAAUACAUCUUGAGGCAGUCUACCGCUCGACCACGAUGAUUUAUUUGGUUACUGAGCUGUGCAAAGGGGGUGAUGUGAGGGAGCUGUUGCAGCGGAAAAAGUUCUUCACAGAGGACGAGACAAGGGAUGUAAUCUGUAGUUUAGCCGAUGCUGUUGUGUACCUUCAUAAAAGAGAUAUUGUGCACAGGGACUUGAAACUUGAGAACAUUCUUGUGAAAAAUUCUCCCGAUGAGGAUGGUGGCAAAAUCGAUGUCAAGGUGGCAGACUUUGGAUUAUCGGUGAAGACAGGUGGUGUCGGGAUCGAAAACAUAAUGACACACGCCUGUGGGACCCUUAUCUAUAUGGCCCCUGAAAUGAUGAGCGGUCGAGGUUAUACCCAGUGGUGCGACGUGUGGAGCAUAGGAGUCGUUAUGUAUAUGUUACUGUGUGGAGAACCUCCAUUUGUCUCCAAAACAAGGAAAAACCUACUUAAGAAGAUAAUGAACACUGGAGUCAAAUUUUCUCAACCCAUCUGGGCCUCAGUCAGUGAUGCAGCUAAAAAUCUUUUGACUUGCCUACUGAAGGUGGACCCCGCCUACCGAAUGUCUGCUAAUCAGCUACUAGAGAACCCCUGGAUUACAGGUGACUCUACUAUGCCUGUUGUACCACCCAAUGUGCUGGAGAUGAUGCGUCAGUACCUGGAGCAGGAGGAAAGAAAUAAGACUUCAGAAGUUUCACCCUUCAUCACUUCUGAGGCAAACCUGGAAUCAGUCCCGGUCCACCCGGCAUUUUCAGCAGAAACUAACAGCAACUGCAUGAGACACAGCAGCUGUGACAUAUCUUCCACAUCCACCAAACUGGACGGUGGAAUAAAGACUAAAGAAAGCAGUGGCAGUCUUCAGCAGGACAAGCAAAUAAACAGCUCUGACACCCCAGCACAGCCAGCAACCACACAGCCGAGUGCAAAGCAGCGCAGGCCUACAGACAAGAAGGACCUCAGUUCAGGACAGAAACAAUCCCCCAAACCCAAGUAAGGCAGACGACCAGAGACUUUCUACCCCCAGUAAAGUACAACUGGUCCCUGCAAACCACCAGCUAGCUCCAAGACUGAAAAUCAUUUAGAAUAAAACUAAAAAAUGAGCUAUAUCCCAUUAUAAAACAUGAAGAGAGAGAGAAAAACAAAAGCAAACCUGACCUUUUGUGGCUGUAUUGGACAUACAUUUAUUGUUUUGUUUUUCAUUCUGUUAUUUAAUUGAGAUCUCUUAUUUAGCAGUAAUGUGAAUGUAAAUACUAUGAAUGGUGCAGCCUUUUUGUGAUGGCCGGACGCUAAGCAGCAAACACAGUGUCACGUAACUCUGAAAAUAGUACAAAGAGGCCCAAAACCACUGCAGCUGAUUCAGCUUCAGUUUCAGCUUCAGGACUGCCAUGUGCCAAAAGAAAGAGACUCCGUCUGAGAUAAUCUCCCACAUGGGGAGAAACUGCUGGAGAAAUUCUUUGUAUUAAAUAGCCAAUUGUUUUAGAACAUCAAACAGCUAACAUAAAGACUCAUGCGUUUCUAUAGUUGCUGCCAAAUGUGGAGGCUGAAUGAGUCUGAUGUGUAACACUGAUACUUUUAGCUUACAGCAACAAGAAGGUUACUUAAGAUUUUGAUGUUUUAUCUUGACAUCUUUCUCUUCCCUAAGUCUUCACUUUAGCUGCUGUAAACUGUUUAGGUAUAUAUUUUUGUCUUUUUUUUUUUAAUUUGUCACUUUUCUUUUAGGUUAUUUGCUUUAUGAAUAGCUGCUAAAUAGGAGAGAAAAUACUUGUGCAGAUUACUGGAUAUUAUUUAAAAAAACAACAACAACAACAACAACAACAACAAAAAACAAAAAAACGAGUGAGCAAUAGGGAUUUUCUUUCUUUCUGUUCUGACCUCUCAAUUCCAAAACGUCCGAUAUGCAGUGACUGCACCCUCUCAGUGUCAAAACAGAAAAACUGUCACACAGGCUGGUUACGCUCCAUCUGAAUGCAGAGGAUUGGGACUGGGGGCAGCCACGGGUCUAAUCUCGUUUGGAGGCCAUUGAAAGCAGUAGGAGCUACUUUGAGGGCACUGCCAUUCAAGCACAGGUUUUUCCGCUGCAGAGAGAAUAAUCCCCAGCAUAGAUACAACAUUAAAGUAUCCAAGCAUAACACACAGAGGGUGAAUUUCAAAUCCACCCAUUUGCAUCUUGAAGUGAAUGAGUGCCAACAAUGGGGCCCCGUUUUCAUGCACAGGCUCUGUGUUUUAGUGUGUAUGUGUAAAUGUAGUUUGCACUUUUUCUUGAAUGAGUGGACUUUUUUUUUCAAAUCAAAUUUUAUCCAGGCAGACAUUCUACAGUAAUCUCAGGUGAUGUUUCCUAACAUAGUGAGUAGAUAUGCAAAUGAGAUGUGAAUUAUUUUUGAUUAAAGCUGCUUGCCAAAAGGACUGCGUGAUUCCUGAAAACAUGAUUUUGGUUUACUCAGACUGCUUUGAACAGCAGAUGGUAGCUGGUAGUGAGUUGUUGAAUUGAUUCUGAAAUAAUUCCCUGAAGUUAAUCUGACACAGGGUGUCGUCCCUGAAGCUACCUAGUUUUGUGCAUGAAGCUCUGUAAUUAGAAUUGAUUGCUUGAGCCACUGCCCAUUAAAACUGUGACACCCAUGUGAUGUGGCACUAAUUAAUAUGUUGUAUGCUUAUAUCUGCGUGGUCCAUACAGGAAAAAUAAAUAAAAUGUUGACUUCC